CAUGGUUUCACGCAUCAACACCGUACACUGAAGAGUUAACAAAAAAUGAAUUCUACUAUGUUCGUCCCAAGCAUACGGAGUUUGGUCGGGCUUAUUUUGUUGUUCAUGAAUCAUGCGUGUGCCUCGGAUCCUGAAGUCUCUCAGGAUGCCCGCAGUCCCAGCCGGAGCUUUUUCACCGUGGUCUGGAACAACAGGCUGUACUUAUAUUCGGCUGCUGCAGUUGUUUUGGGGAUCUGGUUUUCACUGAAGAUGGCACUGAGGAAGCAAAGUUUGGCUGGUAGAAGCAGCUUGAUGGUCAACAGUGCUGUGAAGAAGAACCAUGAGCGCUCUUUGAAAGAAAAUGAGGUCCAUGUGGGAGGAGUUAAAAUCUUUUACGGCUCACAGACUGGAACAGCAAAAGGCUUUGCAAAAGACCUCUCAGAAGAGGUGAAGGCUUUGGGUAUAUCAGCUGAGGUGAUUGACAUGAAAGACUACGACCCAGACGACCAACUUGCUGAUGAGUGUGCCAACAAGUCGGUGUGUGUGUUUCUUUUGGCCACCUACACUGAUGGACAGCCCACAGAGAACGCUGAGUGGUUCUGCAAAUGGCUGGAGGAGGCAUCCACUGACUUCCGAUAUGGGAAAACCUACCUUAAAGGCCUGAGAUAUGCAGUGUUUGGUCUUGGAAACUCUGCCUAUGUUGGCCACUACAAUACAGUUAGCAAAAAUGUGGAUAAAUGGCUGUGGAUGCUGAGUGGUAUGAGAAUUCUGACCAGGGGAGAGGGUGACUGUAAUGUGGUGAAGAGCCGUCAUGGCAGCAUCCAGGCAGACUUUGCAGCCUGGCAAGUCAAGUUUCUGAACCGCAUGCAGGCCCUGGCUAAAGGUGAGAAGAAGAGCUGCAGUGGAAUCUGUCAGAAGAAUGCCAGAACCUCGUGUAAGAACAACGAGGAUGUCCAGAAUGAAGAAAAGACACCCCUGCAGAAUAACAACUCUGAGGAUGAGUUGUUGGAGUCGAGCAGCGAUGAGGAGUCCAAACUGCCAGAUGGGGAAAAAUCACAUUCAGUUGUUGAUGUGGAGGAUCUGGGCAUCAUCAUGAACACUGUCAAGAACGUAAAGAUCAUAGAUGGCCGAGGAGACGGCCAGAUGAUCCUAUCCAAGUUGAACGGUGUCAAGAAGCUCGAAGAUGAAGCAGAGAGACGAGAUAUGAUCACCCCUGCUUUAAGAGAAGCACUGACAAAACAAGGGUACAGACUCAUUGGAAGUCACUCGGGGGUGAAGCUUUGUCGUUGGACCAAGUCGAUGUUACGAGGCAGAGGAGGCUGUUAUAAGCACACCUUCUAUGGUAUUGAGUCUCACCGGUGCAUGGAAACCACCCCCAGCCUCGCAUGUGCGAACAAGUGUGUCUUCUGUUGGAGACAUCACACCAACCCUGUGGGCACAGAGUGGCGCUGGAAGAUGGACCCUGCUGAGAAAAUCCUGAAGGAUGCCUUAGAGAACCACCAGAACAUGAUUUGGCAGUUUCGAGGUGUCCCUGGAGUGAAACCAGAGCGGUUUGAGGAGGGCUUGGCUGUCAGACACUGUGCCCUUUCUUUGGUGGGUGAGCCAAUCAUGUAUCCUGAAAUCAACACCUUCAUUCGCCUCCUGCACUCCCACCGCAUUUCCACCUUCCUGGUCACCAAUGCUCAAUUCCCUGAUGAAAUCAGGAGCCUGGUUCCAGUUACCCAGUUGUAUGUGAGUGUGGAUGCCAGCACCAAAGAAAGUUUGAAGAGGAUCGACCGACCACUUUUUAGGGACUUUUGGCCGCGGUUCCUGGACAGCCUCAAGGCCCUGGGAGAGAAGAGGCAGCGGACUGUUUACAGGCUGACCUUAGUGAAAGCCUGGAAUGUGGAGGAGUUGCAGUCUUACUCUGAGCUCAUUGCUUUGGGUCAGCCAGACUUCGUUGAGGUGAAGGGAGUGACAUAUUGUGGGGAAAGUUCUGCCAGCAGCCUAACCAUGGCCAACGUCCCCUGGCACCAGGAAGUGGUCGCCUUUGUCCAGCAGUUGGCUGAUAUGCUGCCUCAGUAUGAGAUCGCCUGUGAACAUGAGCACUCCAACUGCCUGCUCAUCGCACACACCAAGUUUAAGGUGGACGGUGAGUGGUGGACAUGGAUCGACUACGAUCGUUUCCAGGAGCUGAUCCAGGCUCACGAGGACAGUGGGGGACAGCAGAGCUUCUCAUCGUUGGACUACAUAGCCAAGACCCCAAGCUGGGCUCUGUUUGGAGCCCAGGAGCAAGGAUUUGAUCCGGCUGACACCCGUUUCCAACGUCGCAACAAAGCCAAAGACAUCUCAGGAUGCUGAUAGAAUAAGGAAGAAAAUGUUAGAUGAUUUAAUCUGUUUUUCAGUAGUUGUUAGGAGAGUGUGUAUUUUAAAUGUCGGGAGGUUUUUUUUUUUUGGUUACUCAAAAAUGGCUGUGGCUCGCCAAAGCCAUUCUCCUCUCUUUAAAAAAACAAGCCCAAGUUCUCAAAAUGCACCUGUCAUGAUGGUCACAUUUGGAGUGCCUUCAUUUGUGGCAGCUAAUUGUUUUUCACAGACAUCUUUAGUCAUCUAUGUUUUAGGACAGUGGUUGUAUUUAUUUGGUGGUCAAAAGAUUUGAGCACCACCACAGAUGAGAACAUCCAUUCUGCAUCUCCACCGAGAGACGUUACAGUCUCUGCACAUUUGACUGCUCACUGUUUUCAUAUACGUGCCCACUACUCUGAUCUUGGACCGUGUUAAAUAUUACAGAACUGUUUUGCUUUUCGGGUAUUGUGGAUAAACUAGCAAUGGGCAAUAUUACUAAAAUAAAAUAAGGGA